CUGAGUCAUCCCUGACAUUACGCUUGCCCCGAUUGGUCGAUUCGCUCAGCCUGCAACUUCCAACCGUCCGCAAAGCUGCUUAACAUAUCGACUCUGUUCCCCUCUCUCUCUGCUUCUUGGGUUCUCCUCCGCCCACCAAUUGAUACCCUGGUUAGAUUAUCAUAUUGUCUGGCUUAUAUCGCAGCGGAAAGUCGACCUUUUCCCCGAAAGCUGCACAGAAAUGUCGGCCAAGUACGCCUUCUCUCAGGGCCUGAAGGAGCUCCGCUUCCUUUUCUGCCAGACCUCCGCACACAGCGAGGCUACGAGGUCAUUCCUCAAGCGCGCGUACCCCACGAUGAAGAAGAACAACCCAUACAUUCCCAUCCUCAUGCGAGAAGCCGCGGGCACGGAGCCGCGGGUCUAUGCGAGAUACGCCCUGGGAAAGGAGAAGCUUGAGCUGCUGAACGGUCUGUCCGACAAGGAGAUUGAGGAGAAGGUGACCUCGCUGGUAAAGACUGCAUAGCCGAAAAGAUCUGCGUUCUAUCUCUGUUUUAUGCACUGCGCCCUCGAGCGACUCCGUCUGUACCUCUACAUGAAAAUGAAAUU